UCUGGACCACCUCCUGCCCUUCUCCCACCUGUGAGGUGCCCCUUGCUGGCCCAACCCAACAGCAGUGGCCUUGAGGAGGGUUCCCAGGCUGGCCCACAUCCUGGGCAGGACCCGAUGCCACCCUGCUGCCGGCUGCCCCGCACCAGGGAUAGAGAGGGCAAGAUAGGAAAAUUGUGCCCAGAUGAAAGCAUUGCUAAAACUCCUCUGACUGGAUACUGGAUGGAGACAGCUCUCUCUGCCCUAACAUCUCUCAGUGAUUCCCAUGUUCCCGGCUUUUCUUAGGCAUCAGGAAUGUCUUCUGAGCCCACUUCAUCCGCCUCGCAGCAGACCCCCACCUCUCCAUCCUCACCCAGUUCUCUCCAUUUGCCUGAAAACCGCAGGGCGAGGGAUCGCUCCCCCUCGCCCAUGAGAGGGUACCUCAUCCCCAGCCCGCUGCCCACUCGACGGACCAGGACAUUCUCAGCAACCGUGAGAGCAUCGGAGGGUCCCAUCUACAAAGGUGUCUGUAAAUGCUUCUGUCGCUCCAAAGGCCAUGGCUUCAUUACCCCUGCGGACGGAGGGCCUGACAUCUUCGUACACAUCUCUGAUAUCGAAGGCGAAUACGUUCCUGUGGCAGGUGAUGAGGUCACCUACAAGAUGUGCACCAUCCCUCCGAAGAACGAGAAGCUGCAGGCGGUGGAGGUGGUGAUCACCCAUCUGGCUCCUGGAACCAAGCACGAGACCUGGUCCGGGCACGUCGUCAGCUCCUGAGCCUCCCAGAGGGAGCGCGGCUGCCGCCGGCGUGGUCGCUGCUUAACACCUGGCUGCGGGGGACCUGUCCUAAGAAUAUUCUACGUAUUGUGCAGGAGGAAAUACUGCAUUGUCAAUAAAGCAGAAGCAGGCCAAAAUUACCGUUUUAACAGCUGGCCUGGGGGAAAAAAAAAAAAAAGCAAUUCAAAUGCUAAUGAAAAAAAACCCUAGCGUAAUGUGUUUACAAAAAAUGUAUUUUAAAGAGACCUAGUUUGUGUGCUCGGUGGAGGAGGGGAGGUUUGGUUUUUCUUUUAUCUUGUGAACUGAUUCCAGGGGAAUCGGGGAGAGGUGUGCAGGAGAGCUCUUCUAGCACAGGUGCUCAUAGCAGAGGCACAACUCCAAGGCCCUGGCGGUGUGUGAACACUUGAGUUGCUCUUCUGGAGGGGUUGGAGUACGCUUUCUGCCGAUAAUGCCUUGGCUUGAGAGAGAGAAAGAAUGUUCGUUGCUGCUGUUUGUUUUCCUCGCGGAAGGAAGCUCACAAACAGAGCAGGGUGUAAAAUCUCCAUCUGGUGGUUACGCUCUGAUGGCCACAGCUGGGUGCCCUUCAGGUAGACCCUUUGCAAACAGCAUGUCUGCCUAGGUGUGGGAUAUUGUGGUUUUAAAGCCUGGAUUGUUUGUGAAUUUACUUAGGUGCCUUGAGGGUUGAUUAGCAACAGAUUUUAUAGGCCAGUAUUAAAAUUAAAAAAAAAGGCAAAAAG